AUGUCUGACGUUCAGAGCGACGCUGGAGACACCAAAAUGUCUGGUGAAUCCGGCAAGCCCGCGGCUUGGACUCCGGCCGAGAAGAACCAGUUGGUCCUGCGCAUUCUGAAUCAGGCCCUCGGCGAAGGGAGCGUCGACUGGAAGCAGAUCAUCCUACCCGGCCGCACAACCAAAGCCCUGAAAAACCAAUGGACCCGUAUCCAUGCAGAGAUGAAGGCUCUCGCCCUCGACGGGGGUGAUGAGAGUGGCGACAAGCCCGUCGCGCUGUCCCCUGCUAAGCCGAAGAAGACGGCUACGCCUCGCAAGAGGACUCCGAAAAAGGCCCCCGCCACUGGAGACGCCGAGGCAGGCGAGAACGCCGGUGAGAAGGUCGAAGGCGCCGAGGGCCCAAACGGAGAGACCUCCACCCCUACCAAGCCGAAGCGUGGCCGCAAGCGCCAGGCCGACGCCGUUAGCGACGAAGAAGGUUCGGCGAAGAAGAAACGCACACCCAAGAAGCCCGCCAAGACCAAGGCCAAGGCGAAGGACUCCGAGGAAGAACUCGAAGACCCCAUCGCUGUCUCCAACGUUGGGAUCAAGGAGGAAGCCGAGGUCAAAGCCGAUACGAACGACAAAGGAGUCGCUGCGGACGGCGAGACCACCAAGUCCAAUGCCGACUCUAGCAAGCCCGCCAACGGCACAGUUACCGAGGAGGAAGAGGAUGCCUAA